CUGCUACUUUCUUCUUUCAAAAAACACAAACAAAAUGUCUUCUGGUAGUGGUACGAGACGACCCAAGCUUAGCUAGUUCUUGCAAGAAAAAUUCAAAAGGUUAAUCUCUCUCACGUAUUCAGUUCUGGUAGAUCAAGAGAUUUCGUGCUCCAUCGCUAAUGGACGCGAUAAGAAAGCAAGCGACGAGGCUCAGAGAGCAGGUCGCCAGGCAACAACAGGCGGUGUUCAAACAAUUUGGAGGUGGAGGUUACGGAGGUUCAGACAAUAUGGUUACUGAUGAGGCAGAAUUCCAUCAGCAUCAGAAACUUGAGAAAUUAUACAUAUCAACACGUGCCGGCAAGCACUUCCAAAGGGAUAUUGUUCGAGGUGUUGAGGGAUAUAUUGUGACUGGGUCCAAACAAGUUGAAAUAGGAACAAAGAUAUCAGAGGAUAGCAGAAAAUAUGGUUCUGAAAAUACAUGUACCAGUGGUAAUACAUUAUCUAAAGCUGCAUUGAACUAUGGGCAUGCUCGUGCCCAAAUGGAGAAGGAGCAUGGGAAUCUAUUGAAAGCUCUUGGUACCCAGGUUGCUGAACCAUUAAGAGCUAUGGUGGUGGGAGCUCCACUGGAGGAUGCUCGUCAUCUUGCUCAACGAUAUGACAGAAUGCGACAAGAAGCAGAGGCUCAGGCAAUUGAAGUUUCCAAGCGCCAAGCUAAAGUGAGAGAGACGCAGGGCAAUGCUGAGAAUGUCAUGAAAUUGGAAAGUGCAGAAGCAAAGCUUCAAGAUUUGAAAACCAACAUGCAAAUGUUGGGCAAGGAAGCUGCUGCAGCGAUGACUGCUGUUGAAGCCCAACAACAGAGGUUGACCCUCCAGCGACUUAUAGCUAUGGUUGAUGCAGAACGUACUUACCAUCAGAGAGUCCUUCAGAUACUUGACCAGCUUGAAGGCGAGAUGGUAUCAGAGCGUCACCGAAUUGAAGCAUCUCCUAACCCAACUGUUGAGACUGACAUUCCACCCCCGCCUCCUUAUGAAGAAGUUAAUGGAGUAUAUGCAUCUCAAACACAUAAUGGCUCAACAGACAGCAUGGGUUACUUCUUAGGGGAGGUUGUACAGUCAUAUCAAGCUGAAUCUGAUGUUGAACUAUCACUGUCUGUUGGUGAUUAUGUUGUUGUUCGGAAGGUGUCAAACAAUGGCUGGGCUGAAGGGGAAUGUAAAGGGAAAGCCGGAUGGUUCCCGUUUGGAUAUAUUGAGAGACGGGACCGCGUUCUUGCCAGCAAAGUGGCUGAAGUAUUCUGAACUUUGCUACUGGGUUUUGGCCUCAGGGAUUUUGUAUGUGUGUAUGUUUUUAAUUGUAAGGUAGAAGGGGAUGUUGUCAAAGAAGAGCAGAGCUCCUGUCUUUUAUGGACUUCUGAUAUGUGUCGUAGAUUUUGGGACAAUCUCCUCUUCUUUGUUUUAUUUAACCUCAAUGUUGUACGAAUGUCAUUCCUUGUAUCAUUUGAUUUAUUUUUUGGUGCAAGGUUGUAAUCACGUCUGUGUUUAGUUGCCAAAUAUUUCUAGGAUACCCGAGUCACUCAUUAAUUGGAGCAGUAAAGAUGGUGUGUAUUCAUGGUGAUUAGGUUUGAAUCUUUUUCCCUGUUU